GAGUCAGAGAGCAGAGAGCCCAGGAGUUCUCAGGCUGGUACUGGCUGUGCAUGGGGAAGAUGAAGACCUCAAUAGCUGCCCUCUCCUGCCUCAUCCUUGCUGCCCAGGCUGCAGUUGAUCACCUGAUGCCGAACCUGAAGGGUGAACACUCAAUAGCUCAAGGAGGCUUUCACCGUCCCACUGACUGCUGCAUGUCUUACACCUCACGAAAUAUCCGAUGUGUAUUCAUGAAAGAUUAUGUAGAAACGACCAGUGCGUGUUCCCGGCCUGCCGUCAUCUUCAUCACCAAGAGGGAGCAGCGUGUCUGUGCUAACCCCAGAGAUGAGCGAGUUCAGAAAUGCGUGUCGGACCUGAAGCUAAGAUCAGCAAUCAAGGACCUGAGAACGCUAUUUCUUGAGAAGGGAUACUUGGAGUCGGCCCCCUCACCUCCAUCUCUCUUUCCCCGACUACCUCCUAGGUGGGCCCUGGCCUGAAUUAUUUUUUAAAAAGCAACAAUUACUGUUCUGUUCUGUUCUGGUUACAAAAGCAGUGCAUUAAUAGAGAGUAUCCAAUUUAACUUUACUCUAACUUUAAGAGGAAAAAGAAUCUGUCGGAAUUGCUGAACUUUGGAU